AUGAGCACUGUGCUCCUCCAAACGUUUCGUGCCUGGACUGUGUCGGGUACGAGGUGCCAGUAUAUCAGAGGGAUAGUUGACAGUGGAAGUUCACGAACGUUCAUCCGGGAAGAUCUAGCAAGGGAGCUCGGUUUGAAGGAGGUAGCCCAAGUUUGGAUCGGAAUUAACACGUUCGCCUCAGACUCGGAGUGUCGGCCCGCAAAACGAAGCGUUGUGGAAGUGACUGUGCGAAGCCAGUACACCCACGAAGACGUCAAGCUAGCAGCCAUCGUCAUACCAGUGAUAUGCAGAGAUAUCCAGGAAUCGCCGGUGGACAACGAACACGUACUUGUACUUCAGGACUGUGGUGAACUAAUCGCCGAUGUUGUGGCUUUUCCUGGUAUGCGGCAACUAAAUGGCAUCAGUCUGCUUAUUGGAUCCGAUCAAGUUUGGAAGCUGAUCUCCGGCGAAAUUCGGCGCUACGGGAAGCAGGAAGAGCUCGUUGCCAUCGAAACGAUAUUGGGAUGGACGUUCCAAGGCCCAAGCCAAGUGAAAGCUCUGGUCGCGCAACAAGCAGACAGCCUGAUAUGCGUGCUGAGAACAAACGUGAACUGCGUGUUCCUGCAAGAUGAAGAAAUAAGGCAGAUGUGGGAAAUCGAAAAUGCAGGCAUCAACGAAGGCGCCCCACCGACGGCAUUCACGAGUAACGUGCUAGCAGAGUUCCAGCGCACUGUAAAGAUGGCAAACGACAGUUAUGAGGUGCGCCUCCCAUGGAAGAACGUCGACGCCCCACUGCACGAUAACCGUGCUGUCGCAGAAAGGAGACUGAAUCGAUUGGUGAAACGGCUCGCCGUGAACGACGCCUUGGUAAGAGAAUACGACAAGAACAUUCGCGCGUAUUUGUUGAACGACCACGCGGAACCAGUACCUAUCUCAGAGGCAAAGACACCUGAACGCAUCUACUACAUGCCUCAUCGUGAGGUCAUCCGUCCCGAGUGUACGACUACGAAAAUGCGGGUGGUGUUCGAUGCUUCAUCGCAUUCUGGCAACUGUACAUCGCUCAACGAUCACUUGGAAAAAGGGCCGAAGGUUCAACCCGACUUGUUAGGGACUCUGGAGCAUCAUUUUCGUAAAGUCACCGGCGGCUUAAAGGACACUGCAGACGUCUUGGCGUCUUCAUUCUACGUGGACGACUUGCUGACUGGAGCACAAAACUUGGAGUCAGCAGUGAAGCUUUACAACGACGCCAAUGAGGUCAUGGAAACGGCCCACAUGCGUCUGCGGAAAUGGACGUCCAACUGUUCAGCGCUUGAAGGCGUUUUCAGACAUGAGAAGGAGAGCAGUACGAAGAACAAUCCAGUUACAAAAGUGCUUGGAGUUGUUUGGGACAAAAGGAACGACACACUUGCGUGCAGCUUGGACUCAAUUGUUAAAUCGGUGCAUGUUGCAGGCACCAAGCGAAACGUACUCCAAGCAUCGGCUAGGAUUUACGACCCUCUUGGCUUUCUACACCCUUUCACGGUUCGAGCAAGAAUGAUUUUUCAGGCCUUGUGGGUUGAGGAGGUUGGCUGGGAUGCGGAGAUGCCGAGAGACAAGCAGGACCAGUGGAGUCAAUGGUGCAGGGAACUACCGGAACUGGCUGAGGUCAUCGUGGAUCGCUGUAUGUUCCCCAGUGGUUGCAGAAACCCUCAACUCCAUAUCUUCUGCGACGCCAGCCCGAAGGGUUACGGUGCUGUAGCGUACCUCCGAGGGCAGAACGAAGACGGAUCGACGACUGCUACAUUUGUUCUCGUGAAGUCACGAGUAGCACCGCUUAAGCAGCUGACUCUGCCACGUCUAGAGCUGAUGGCGGCGUUAAUCGGCUCAAGAAUGAUGCACAACUUGAAAAGAAUUUUCAGCGGCAUUGAAUUUGAGUCCUUUAUGUGGUCCGACUCGAUGAUUGCCCUCUGGUGGAUCCGAAGACCGCCUACCGAAUGGAAACAGUUCGUAAGCAACCGUGUCGACGAAAUUCAACAAAAGACUGAUCGACGGAGAUGGAAGCAUUGUCCUGGAACAGAGAACCCCGCAGAUUAUCUAACCAGAGGUGUAACGGCAGAAAUACUAAUUCGCACCAACGUCUGGUGGCACGGACCCGAUUGGUUACUCCUCGAGCCAUCAAGCUGGCCAGACGACGACCUCGAGUGGGACACCAGAGCAGAUGACAAAAGGAACCGGAAAGCAAACGUCUUACACACUUCGGUUUCGUCAGGUCCACCGCCAAUUGAUACAGCCAAGUACAGCACUUAUCAACGACUGAUAAGGGUUACUGCGUGGAUCCUUCGUUUUCUGAACAACAUGCGGAAGCCGGAAAACCGACAAUCCGGUUGUUUGGUUGAUGAAGAAAUGAAAAGAGCGGAGAAAUUCUGGGUGCAGCAGGCCCAAGCGGAACACUAUGCGGAAGAAAUUGCUCAGCUUCAGACGGAUCGGACGGUAGCACCGGAAUCCAAACUCGCCGCGCUGCGACCCUACCUCGAUGACAGCGGGAUUAUUCGUUUGCAGACACGGCUACAGUACGGUUCAGAAGCAGAGGACGUGAAAUGCCCCGUCAUUCUUCCACGCGAACAUCACUUCACGAAGUUGGUCGUCGAUCAAGGUCACAGGAGGGCCCUGCAUGGUGGACUACAGGAUACAUUAAACGACAUACGAGAGCGCUGGUGGAUUCCACAGGGCAGACAAAUAACAAAGAAAAUUAUAUUUCGAUGUGCCACCUGCUCACGUCAUCGCCUGCAGGCGGCUUCAGCUCCGACCGCCCCAUUGCCACCUGAGAGGAUUGUUCGAAACCAACCGUUCGAGGUAGUGGGAGUGGAUUUCGCGGGCUCAGUAAUGGUGCGCUCCGGAAGUGGAACAUCGAAGUCAUACAUUGCUCUUUUUACGUGCGCUACCACGCGGGCAGUGCAUCUGGAACUUGUCUCAGAUCUCACUGCGAGGUCAUUUCUUUUGGCGUUCCGUCGUUUUAUCGCCCGUCGAGGACUUCCCACUACCGUGUACUCGGACAACGCACUCACCUUCAAAAAAACGUCCCGUGAGAUUCAAAAGCUCCAAAGCAACGUCCGGAAGAAUGAAGUGCAGGACUAUUUCGCCAAUCAUAGAAUAAAGUGGAGGUUCAUAGCCGAGAAGGCAGCGUGGUGGGGUGGAUGGUGGGAGAGAUUGGUCCGCACCAUGAAGCAAUCUCUCCGAAAAGUCCUUGGGCGACAGUCCUUAAAGGGACUAUGA